UGAAAGAUGUAUCGAGAAUCUCGACGGAGCAUGCCUGGCCGACUCACUCGUGGAUAACAUAAGCGCGAGUAGAAGCAAUGAAGGAUUAGAGAGCUAGGAGWUUUUGAGGUCGUUUGAAAGUUUUACAGUAAAAUCAUCAGCGGAGGGACAGUUUGUUUCCUUCCAAGCUUCAUUCGAACAAUCCAUUAAUUUGAAACAGCUCCAUCACAGUCUUCACUCUAUGAUACCGACAAAUUCCCCAUAAAUUCGAAAAUAUUGUUUCCGACAAUUUCAGUACAGUAAAACAUGAUAGAAAUGCCUUCUGCGAUACUGGGAACCAUAUUUUACAGAGGCAUGACGAUGGGAUUGUUCUCGCUAGCGUUUUGCGCCUUUGCUUUAGCUCCGCCGGCGUUCGCUCUCGCUAAAGACGAAUUCUCUCCCUAUGAUAUUAGCGAAUACAACUUGGAUAGAUCUAUAUCGAGGAUACUACAACAAAGUAACAACGAUUUUGAUCGAGUGAAUGAAUUGUUAGGGACCGUGACGAUCAAUAUCGAAGACGAUAUGACGAUAUCUGAGAAGGUSGGCUUCAUCAACUUGAAUUUAGUGGUAGACAGCUUGGUUUGUCGAGAUAUCAGCAUUGGAAAUAUGAACGUGAACCACGUUACGGAAGAUAAUGUUAUCGAUGUGGACAUAUCGCUUGACGAAAUCGAUGUUGCCUGCGACAUUGAAUAUCAAUACGAAUACGGAUUCUUAAAAGGAACCGGACUGGCAGAAAUUGUUACAGAUGGAAAUAUGGCCGAUACUUCCAUGAGAUUUGUCACUAGCAACAAGGGAGGUGAUAUUUCUGUGACGUCAUCCGUAACUAAAUGUGUCGUUGAUGUUGAAAUCAUCGACGUGAAUUUCAUAGACGCUGAUUUCGCUUCAAAUAUCAUCGGGCUCUUUGAACAGUAUUUACGAGAUUUGAUCGAAGAAGAAAUCGAAGGAUAUGCUUGCUCCCAGUUGUCUUCGACGGGGGUUAMAAUGUUGAAUGAUGAGGUUUUCACUAUGAUAGACGAGACAUUGUCUGAUUUAUCCGCUACAGAAGAUACUGGGUCAUCUCUUCAGCCCAACGAUUACGAUACGACAACAGCACUCAAUUUUAAAGACAUCGCCGAAACACAGAUUGGAGAAUUAUUUGAAACAGCACUUGGUGAGAUUGAUCAACUCUUUGGAAGCAACGAAGACAGCGGUAGUGAGCUUGGUAUAAAUGCUCUUUUGAAAUCUUAUGUACUGAACGAAAAUGGCGCAUUAGUCGUGAACGUCGAUGAGUUACUUGGACAAGACGCCCUAAACUUUGAAUUACACGACAAACUCACAAAAACAAGCAUUGCUGUGAAAGAAGUGAGAAUAUAUGGCUUGGAUAGCAUGAUAAAAUUCAAUCCCCUAGUGGUGGUAGGAAAUCAUUCUCUAAGUAAUGAGUUUGUGUGGGACUAUUUGAACAUGGAAAUUGAUAUUGCAUUGGACAUCCAACCUUCGUCGUUGGAAAAAGCACUAUUAAAACUCGAAACCGAUUCUCCAUCCAAAGGUAUUAACGAAGAAAUCACGAUUAGAUUCGGGGUCGAAGACGUUGCUGUAAUAGCAAGGAUAUUCCUGUUGAUUGACGUGAACGCAUUGAGCGGAUUCACAAUCGGAUCUGUAUUGGCGUUGACGAAUACCGCAGAUUAUUCUUGGCUGCUACCUUGUUUGAUGUCAGCCAUUCAAGAUCUCGUGUUUACAGAAUUGACUGUUUCUUCCAAGCAGAUCAGUUCACCAACAUUGGAAGGAUUCGUCGAUGAUGGCCUCGAUCGUAUCCUGUCCGACUUGGCAGAAAUUGCUUUCGAGAUGUAUCAUGACGUCAUUGUGGAGGACCUCCUUCCCAACAUGUUUCAUAACACUGUCAAGACAUUCGUCAAUGACCAGAUCUCUUUGAUAUUGGAAGAUAGCAGUAGCAAUUGUCCAAAAUACGAGAGCGUUUCUAUCGACGGUAGCGAAGAGUAUGUAGACUUUCGAGAGUUUUUCGAUUCCUCGUUCUCGACCGAAAGUAAAAGCCAAUAUGGAGAGUUUCCGUCUUUGUUGAUGGAUGCGGUGAACAAGGGACUGCUCGAAAAUGAUCUGACGACGGGGAUGCCUAAGAUUAAUGAAGUAUUGGUUGAUCCAUUGACCAAACGGCAAUCCGGGACGGAGGGCACUUUAUUGUUCGGUGGAGAUGGCGAAGAUAUAUUUAAUAUUGUUCAAAGAAUUAAUCUCGGUGGAUUUAAUGCCAACGUUCGCUUGAGAGCGAGCGACAUCAAAAUUGAAAAUCUCAAUACAUUGUCAGCACCAUUAGUCAUGCUGCAGCCCGUUCCAAAUGAACCCUACAUGUUAAACAACAACCUAACCAUCGGAGUCAAAGAUCAUCCGCUAAGAGUAUCAGCGAAUGUCGCAUUUGCUGUAAUAGACGAGGUUCAAGGAACUGAAAUAGCGAACGAACUAGACAUCAGCUUUGACAUGUAUUCAGCCAAUGCGAUGGCAACUAUAAUGCUAAAAAUCCUCAAAUCGAAUCUGUUGGAGUUUCCUUUGAUCGAUGUUUUCGAUCUAAAUUGUUGGAUUGCAACAAUACCCGCACCAAGCUUGAAUGCACAAGGAGUUACCACUGGGGAAGACGAGGUUUCGGCAUCUGUCGUUGAUUUUCAGGCCUCCGUGGCUAAUCUCAACCUGAACGUGAGCUGUGUAGAGUGCUCGAGUCCUGGAAUCGUCGAGUUCACGGAAACGUUGAUGUYAUCUGGAGAAGCCCAAAAUGAUGUUACCUUUUUGGCCAAUACAUUGUUGCUAUCCGCUGCCGAUGUGAUAAAGGGCAAUUUAUUGCAAGUCCAAAUUGAUCGAUUGCUUAAUGAUGCCUCCAAACAAUGUCGCCACAGUCCUACGUACGAUCCCAAUUUUAGUCCCAGUAAUAUUUCUGCGAAGAAGAGGAAGUAUAAGGAUUUUGACACAAUUCAAAUCGAAGACUCCGCAACCUUUUUGAUCCUUAUCGGCGUGAUCUUUUUGUCGUUGAUUUUGGUAGUAGCAGCUGUCGUUUUCUCGAUUCGCUGCGUCACACGGCGUCGUCACAGACGGUGGCUUUCGACGCUCCCUAUAGAGCAAGUCGAAGUACUAAAGAAUAUCCAAAGAAACGAAGAUUCAAUGGAAUUUAACUUGAAUUCAACUACGCGGUCGAUGUUCCAGAGCGCAGAGGAUAUUCCAUGUGUCCUUCGCUGGGGUAUGCCAAUCAUCAUUUUGGGAAAUAUCGCUUUAUUCCUCUCGGGCCAUUUAAGCCUCGGUGCAACCGUCAAGAUAGUAGCUACAAUCGCUGGGGAGACCAUCGAAGUUGAUGAUUUCUUUGAAUUUUCUGUGGCGAAAUCGACAAUUGAUAUCUGGAAUUCAGGUGGCAAAGCGCUCGCCAUUCUUAUUCUUAUUUUCUCCGGAAUCUGGCCUUACACGAAGCAAAUGGCAACCCUCGUCUUGUGGUUUACCCCGACUUCGUGGGUGCCGAUAUCCCGUCGUGGAUCAAUAUUAGUGUGGCUUGAUCGGCUGGCAAAGUGGUCCAUGAUCGAUAUAUUUGUUUUGAUCGUCUGCUUAGCCGCCUUCCGUGUCACAGUGAAUAGUCCAGCCAACUUUGCCAUCUUGCCAAAUGAUUUCUAUUCUCUAGACUUACUGGUGGUUCCGCUUUGGGGGCUGUACGCAAACCUGAUCGCUCAAUUGAUAUCGCAGAUCAGUUCACACUUUAUUAUUCAUUAUCACCGUAAAAUCGCGGAGAAAGCACGCAUUUCAUACCUGAAGACGAGUACUAAUCUUUCGCUGGAGAAGAUUGAAGAUGACUGCGACCAGAAAGUGUUAUUGCGCACCCAUAAAUUCAGUCGACCACGCCGUGGAGAGGAUGAAAAAUUAAUUGUUCGACCUUGGACGAGUAGCAUGUUGAUCUUUUUGGUGCUAUCGUUGAUUGCAUGUAUCAUUGCUGGAUGCACCCUGCCUUCUUUUUCGAUCGAAGUCUUUGGGUUACUCGGUAUCGCUGUAGAGAUGGGGCAGGAAUUUAGGGAAGCGAACACAAAUCACAGUGCAUUUACAGUGAUUCAGUUGAUCUUCGAAGAGGCACAGUUUUUGGAUACAGUGAAAGAUGUUGUCGGCUUGGGUUCUUUUUCGGUGAUUUUCGUUGCUACUAUUCUUCUAGUUCCUAUCGCUCAAUCAAUUUUCUUACUUGGGCACUGGUUUGUUCCAAUGACAAUGAAGCGCAGGAGAAAAAUGAUUGUUCUGAACGAAAUAUUCCAAGCGUGGCAAUACGCCGAAGUAUACAUUAUCUCUAUUUUUGUUGCCAGUUGGCAACUUGCGCCUAUAUCAUCCUUCAUGGUCAAUUCUUAUUGUGGCUCAUUGGAUGGAUUUUUUUCUGAGUUGGUGUUCUAUGGAAUUCUGAAAAACGAAGAUGCACAGUGUUUCAGUGUAAAAUCAUCCAUAGAAGAUGGAUUCUUUGUUCUGGCGACAGGAGCUGUAAUACUUGCAUUGGUGAAUACUUUUGUAGUUAAAGCGACCAUGCAAUACUUUCAGGAUCAAGACGAAUCUAACAAGCGGAUUCAAAUUGAAACGUAUACCACUAGAUUGGAAAGUGGUGAAAAGGGACAAGAAGCUGCAAAUGAAGAUUCGCAGGUGACAAUCCGCCCUGUCCCCGUCUUAUUUACGGACACAUUUCGGUGGCUUUUGAGGCAAGAUGAAGAAGCUAACAAGGUGCUCAAUUCCCGAGAGCCAAGCUGUGAUAGCAACUCUAGCAUGCAUUGUUCAAGUGCUAAGGUUCAGUAGUUUUACAACAAUAGUAKUAUAGAUUUCUUACAACAUGAAGUACACUUUGAACCUAUCGUCUUGCAGACUAAUAGUGCAAUCCUUGUUAUGAUCUUCUAUCUURUCAGGGGUACAGAGCAAAGGCUCCCUGCCAUUUUUAUGUUUUUUAGAUAACACACUAGUAGUGAAUUGAUAGUAAUUCUAAGAUUUUAGAGAACCAUAUUGCUCCCAAGACUGAAAAAAAAUCAGUCAUUGUUGUUAUUGGUUAUUCCAAAAUGAAAGAUAACCCAAUUCCUAUCAAGAAUAAAAAAUCAGUCAUUGU